AUGGAUGCGGUAUUAAUUUCAUUAUUAACAAUCUUACUAGGAUUUAUUUUAAUCCUAUUCAUUUUUUUUAUACAAACUGGUGGGUUGAAAUCUCUCGUAACUACCACCACAUCCAAGAAAUCGUCACUUUAUCAUCCAACUUUCCUUAUACUAGGAGCUAACAAUUCUGGGAAAACAUCCUUUUUCUACAAAUUACUACAAUUAUCCAAUGAUGAGCAAGAUGUUACGACUACUACUACUACUACCACCACCACAGUGUCAUCAUUAGAACAAAAUGUGACAAAGAUAAAUUUACCAAUUUCCAGUCCAUCAAUUGGUAAACCAUAUCAAUUGAUUGAUUAUCCUGGACAUUUGAAAUUACAAAAAGUGUUUGAACGAUUAAUAAUCGAUGAAAUAACAUUAAGAAAUCUUAAAGGGAUCAUAUAUAUGAUUGAUUCUUCAAGUGUUAAUAUCAAUGAUGAUACCAAUUUGGAAAGUAUUGUUAAAUUCUUGUACAAUUUGUUUAGUAUUACUGAACGGACACCUAAUGGAGUUGAUUUCUUGAUUGCUAUUAAUAAAACUGAUUUAUUUGAUUCAAUUCCUGUUCAUAAAAUAAAGACAAAAUUAGAAUUGGAAAUCAAUAAAUUGAUCCGUCAUGAAAUUGAAAAUGUUGAGAAAACUUCUGGUAUCGAUGAUAAUGUUAAUGAGAAUGGUAAUAAUAAUGGUAAUAGUGUCAAUGGUGACAAUAAUGAUGGUAUUAACAGCGAUAGUUUGAGAGCAUUUUGGAUGAGUGUUGUUGGUUCAGGAAAUUUCACUUUUGAUAAGUUGGAAGGUAAUGUUGAUUUCAUUGGUGGUAGCGUUUUGAAAAACAAAACCAAUCAAUGGGAAAAUUGGAUUGAUGAAAAAGUUGUUAAUCCCUAA